AUUAUAAACACAUUCCUGUUUUCCCGGUCAAAAAAUUUUUUUCAUGUUUAUUAGUUAAAAAGCUAUAAUAAUCUCUCAAAAUGGCUGAGAAACUUGAAGAUCUGAACCUUCCGCUUACUGUAGUAACUAGAAUAGUGAAAGAAUCUUUACCUGAUGGAGUGGCCAUAUCGAAAGAGGCGCGGACCGGUCUCGCCAAAGCAGCUUCUGUUUUUGUUCUCUACGUUACAUCUGCAGCGACAAAUAUUGUGAAAAAUAAGAAGAGGAAGGCGUUAACAGGCCAGGAUGUGCUGGACGCGAUGAGGGACAUUGAAUUCGACAGAUUUGUGGAGCCUUUGGGAGAAGCAUUCGAGCAGUACAAACAAAUUGCUUCAGCGCGGAAAUCGGGCGCAGGCAAGAAGAAAGAAGAAGGCGACGACGUAGAAACGAUUGAGGACGAUUAAUGUGAUAUUUGGUGUGGUUAUAGGUAUUAUUAAGUUAUAUUAAAUCUUUUUUAAUCAAA